UAUAGGCAGCAAUGGGUGCAUUCCUGGACAAGCCGAAGACGGAGAAGCAUACUGCCCACGGUGAUGGCAAUGGGCUGCGCUACGGCCUGAGCUCCAUGCAGGGCUGGCGGGUGGAGAUGGAGGAUGCCCACACAGCAGCGGUCGGUCUCCCCCAUGGACUCACUGACUGGUCCUUCUUUGCUGUCUACGAUGGCCAUGCAGGCUCCCGGGUGGCCAACUACUGCUCCGGCCACUUGCUGGAACACAUCUUGUCAGGAGGGGCCGAGUUCAGUUCAGGAUCCGGCUCCGUGGAUGGCGUGAAAGAUGGCAUCCGCUUGGGCUUCCUUAACAUUGACGAGUACAUGCGCAGCUUCUCCGACCUGCGGCAGGGCCUGGACCGCAGCGGAUCAACGGCCGUGUGCGUGUUGCUCAGCCCGACCCACCUCUACUUCAUUAACUGCGGCGACUCGCGGGCCGUGCUGAGUCGAGAAACCAAGGUGGGCUUCUCCACCCAGGACCACAAGCCCUGCAACCCCCGUGAAAAGGAGCGCAUCCAGAACGCUGGCGGCUCAGUCAUGAUCCAGAGGGUAAACGGCUCCCUGGCUGUGUCCCGGGCCCUGGGGGACUACGACUACAAAUGUGUGGAUGGUAAGGGCCCCACGGAGCAGCUGGUGAGCCCCGAGCCCGAGGUGUACGUGUUGGAGCGGGCGGCCGAAGGAGACGAGUUUGUGGUGCUUGCGUGUGAUGGAAUCUGGGAUGUCAUGUCCAACGAGGAGCUGUGUGAGUUUGUGCGCUCUCGACUCCUGGUGUGCGAUGACCUGGAGAAGGUCUGUAACUCGGUGGUGGACACCUGUCUGCACAAGGGGAGCAGGGACAAUAUGAGUGUGGUGCUGGUGUCUUUACCCGGAGCUCCCAAGAUCUCAGAGGAGGCUUUGAAGAAAGAAGAGGAGUUGGAUAAGUACCUGGAGACCCGUGUUGAGGAGCUCCUGGGGAACUGUGGAGAGGCUGGAGUCCCUGACCUGGUGUCUGUCCUGAGGAGCAUUGCCUCGGAGAACAUCCCUAACCUUCCACCUGGCGGAGGCCUGGCCAGCAAACGCAGUGUGAUCGAGGCCGUGUACAACAAGCUGAACCCUCACAGAGAAGAGGAAGGGAGUCUGACCCCUGGCGCGUGUCACCUCAGGCCUGUGCGGGGGGAGAGGAGGAGAGUGAGGAGGGAGGUGGCAGCACGGCGGCUCAUCUGCUGGAGGCUCUGCGGCAGUUCCGCCUGCACCACCGGGGGCAGUAUCAGUCGGUGCUGGAGGAGUCCCUCGCCACCUACACCCUGCGGGGGGAAAGCGCGGCGGAGGGGGCGGGGGAGGGAAGGAGGACCCCCGGAGACGGCGACAACAACGGCCAACAGCAGCCCGCCUCCCCUCCCUCUCCCCGGUCACCCCCACCCUCACCCGCCACUGCAGAGCCGGAGGCCAGCCAAGAUGCGCCCGCCCUCGAGUCCGACCCCUCCUCUGACUGAGCACCCCCCCCCUUCCAACCCAGCCCGACCCCAGAGCCCUAGUCAGCUGUGCUACGACCUCUCCUCCUUCCCUUCACCACAGAACUUAAAUGGACACAUCGGCCUCCAUCAUGGUCUGCACAACUACAGCUACCAUGCUCAUGAAUAUUUCAGUAUAUUAUAAUGCAAAGGAAAUAAAAAAACGGCCCUUCUGUCCAUUCAAGUUCUGUCUCCGAGCCACUUGCAUACCUUCCUCCUAAUGAGGGCUUUUUUCUUUUGCCUCCCUCCCCUGUCCUCUGACCGCCUCAGCUUGGACUCCCUAAACUUGCCAGACACUUUUACACACUGAUGUUUAGACAUUUAGGAAAUAAUCAAUAACAAAUUAUUAUUAUUACAUUAAAAAGUGGCUGCUGAAGCAAAAAAUGAACUUUGCACUCCAUGGCCAACAUUUUACCAGUAAUGGCUUCUGGCUGAUUCCCCCCCCCCUCCCCCGAGCCUCACCCCCCAAACCUGCUUACAGUGGACGUACUGACAAAGAAAAGGCGAGGAGAUCUCCAGCUGUGUUUCAACACACUGCACUGUCUCCAGGCCAACUCCCUCUACAGACUCAGAACACACUUUCUUUUUCGUUUAUGUAUGUAUGUGUGUGUACGUGUGUCUGCAAGGGUUUGAGUGAGUCCAACCAAUCAUCACUACUGUAAUUUCAAAAAUAAAUUUGGUAGUGGGUGAUUAUUGAUUGUUAGCCCGUUUAUCAGCUCAGCGAUGUUAGGUUGUUCAAACCAGUCCGGAUACAGGAAAACCGUGCAGUUAAACCACAGUGGGACACUUGUAGUUUGAACGGCAUUUUAUUUAGAUCAUUCCAUCACCACAUAUUCCUAUUUCCACAUCACCACAUUUAUUACGCUGCCUCACAACCACAUAAAGGUCAAAAUAUGUUCCUGUAUAUGUCAGUAAAACUCAAAUAGGUGACUAAAUGUUUGUUUAAAUGAGAAUUAGGCUUUAAGUACAGUAUAGAGCCACGCUACUGUAGCAACCCUCAAAGGCUGUAAUGCUCAUUACACAGCGGAAAAGUUACCUGUUGGAGGGA